GGCUCUUCUCUUCCGGUCUCGUUGAGGUCACGCUCGGGGCUGAAGAUGGCGGCGCCCGAUGAGCUGUUUUGUUGGGAAGGAGACUGGGGCUUACCGUCCGUCAGCUCCGACUGCCUGGUGGUUCUGAAAUUCAACGCAGACUACGACCUGUCAGCCAAAGAAGGAGCCGACAGUCUGGCCUUCAUCUCCCUCAUGGAGGAGAAACUCGUUCCUGCGCUGAUCUACACCUUCUGGAUCGAGCCGAAGAACUACGUAGACGUGACUCGACCCUGGUUUGCCGAGCACAUGGCGUUCCCCCUGAACUUCUUCCUGCCGGGUCGAAUGCAGAGACAACAGCUGGAGAAGCUUCGGCUGCUGAGAGGAGUCGACAACCUGGAGACUGGAGAGGAGCUGGAGAAGGAGCUGUUCCAUGACGCUACAGAGUGCAUGAACCUGCUGUCUCAACGCCUCGGCUCCCAGAAGUUCUUCUUUGGAGACUCGCCUUCGUCUCUCGAUGCUUACGUGUUCGGCCACCUGGCGCCGGUGCUCAGGUGUAAACUUCCCAACGGAAAGCUGCAGCAGCACCUGAAGACCCUGAAGAACCUGACGGACUUCUGCUCCAACAUCCUGCUGCUCUACUUCCCCAGAGACGUCCGAGACAGCGGCGGUCCGAAGGCGGCGCCGCAGCCCGACGACGCCGACUUCAACGACGUCCCCGACAAACGCAGGAAGCAGCUGCUGUCGGCGCUCGUGGCUCUGGGCGCCAUGCUGACCUACGCUCUGGUGUCCGGCAUGGUGCCCAUCCUGCAGGGGACACUGGAGGAGCCGCCGGACCUGGAGCCCAUCAGAUACCAGGACCACGAGGAGGAAUGAGGCGGCUGAGGGUCCGAGGAGGCGGCUGAGGGUCCGAGGACCCCUCAGGACUGAUUUUAAAUAUCCAUCAGAUUCAUCAGAAAACUGCUGAGUCAUGAAACAUGUUAAAACCUUUAAAAUAAUGUGAAGAGUCGACAGGAAGUGGAACAGGAAGUGGAACAGGAAGUGAUCAUUUAUGAUGUAACUUGAUUUUCACUGAACUUUAUUUUCUUUAAAUGUUUUUUAAGUUAAUUUUUGUUUUUUUAGUUUCUGUUUCAAACAGAACCUGAACAAUAACAACAGAUCUGUAAAACAUCCA